GUGAUUAGGUGAGGCUGUUUCAUCAGCCGUGCGGUUCUGAGCAACACAGUCUGUCAGCCUCUCGCUGCUGUAGUUAAUCUCUCCUACACUCUGCCUCCGUGUCCAAAGAAGAAAAAUGUGUGGUAUAUGGGCCUUAUUUGGGAGCGAUGAGUGUCUGUCGGUUCAGUGCACCUGUGCGAUGAAGAUUGCUCAUCGGGGUCCAGAUGCUUUCCGCUUCGAGAACGUCAACGGUUUCACCAGCUGCUGCUUCGGUUUCCACCGUUUGGCCAUUGUGGACCAGCUGUAUGGCAUGCAGCCCCUGCGAGUGAAGAAGUUCCCUUACCUCUGGCUCUGCUACAACGGCGAGAUCUACAACCACAAACGGUUGAGGGAUUAUUACCAUUUUGACUACCAAACCAAAAUGGAUGGAGAGAUCCUGCUUCACCUGUACGAUCGCUUCGGCGUCGAGAAGAUGGCCACUCUGCUGGAUGGUGUGUUUGCCUUCAUCCUGCUGGACACAGCCAAUAGGAAAGUUUUCCUAGGGAGGGACACGUACGGUGUGAGGCCCAUGUUCAAGCUGCUGACCGAUGACGGCUUCCUCGCUGUCUGCUCAGAGGCCAAAGGUCUAACAGAGAUCACACAUUCCAUGUCUGAACCGGUGAAGAUCAUCCCGUUCCCGCCCGGCCACUUCGAGAUCUUUGACCUGGAGCUGUCCGGAAAGGUGAAGUCUGUCAAGCUGGACCGUUUUCAUUGCUGCACAGACGAGCCCAAACAUGCUGUUCAUGACAACGCUGGGGAGCUCGGAAAAGACUUUGAACUGGAGACAGUGAAGGCCAACAUCAGGAUCCUGUUUGAAAACGCAGUGAAGAAACGUCUGAUGGCCCACAGGAGAAUCGGAUGCCUCCUCUCAGGUGGACUUGACUCUAGCCUGGUUGCAGCCACACUUGUUAAGCUGGCCAAGGAGGAGAAUUUGAAGUACCCCAUUCAGACAUUUUCGAUCGGGGCAGAAGACAGUCCAGAUGCUAUCGCUGCACGCAAGGUAGCAGCCCACAUAGGCAGCGAACACCACGAAGUGAAUUUCACCCCAGAGGAGGGCAUCAAGGCUCUAGAGGAGGUCAUCGUUCACCUGGAGAGUUAUGACAUUACCACAGUGCGCGCUUCUGUUGGCAUGUACCUGGUAUCCAAGUUUAUUCGUGAGAAGACGGACAGUGUGGUGAUCUUCUCUGGCGAAGGAUCUGAUGAACUCACACAGGGCUACAUCUACUUCCAUAAGGCUCCGACUCCGAAGGCCGCUGCGGAGGACAGUGUGCGUCUGAUGAAGGAGUUGUACAUGUUCGAUGUACUGAGAGCAGACAGGACAACAGCCGCACACGGAUUGGAGCUGAGAGUGCCUUUCCUGGACCACAGGUUCUCUAGCUACUAUCUGUCCCUGCCUCCGGAGAUGAGGGUGCCCAAGGAUGGGGUGGAGAAGUAUCUUCUUAGGGACUCGUUUAAGGGGCUGAACCUGAUUCCGGAUGAGAUACUGUGGAGACCCAAAGAGGCUUUCAGUGACGGUAUGACGUCCACAAAGAAGUCCUGGUACGCGAUCCUGCAGGAUCACACUGAGUCUGAGGUUAACGACUCUCAGUUGGAGAAAGCACCCAAGCUGUACCCUCAUAACACCCCCACUACCAAAGAAGGCUUCUAUUACCGGCAGUUGUUUGAGAAGCAUUACCCCGGCCGCUCUGGCUGGAUCCCCCAUUACUGGAUGCCCCGCUGGAUCAAAGCUACUGACCCUUCUGCGAGAACCCUUUCCAUCUACAAGACGGACAAGGACCAGUAAUCAGUCAUAUACAGUCAGCACAGCUGGCCUACAUGUUAAUCUUUAGAUCGUGCCUUACUUUUUUUGUUUUCAUUCGGUCCCCUGUCCCGUUUUCUUUAAAUUUAAUUGCACUGUUUUUGUUCAUGGCAUAAUUAAAACUUUUUUUUUUUUUUUAUCCACUUCUAAAAACUUUUGCUGGCAUUCUUAGCAAUUCGAGCCCACUCAGAAGCCCCCUGUUUACAGAAACCUGUUUGUUACAUUCCCCCUGGAAAAAAUGGUUACUUUUAUUGAUGGUUUUUUUUUCCUGGUGUUUUCCUGAACCAAUCAGUAGCUUUAGGAAAACUAGCUAUACUGCACGUCCAAAAGUUUGUAGACGCCUGCUCAUUCAGUGCUUCUUCUGAAAUCAAGGGUAUUCAUAGGGGGUUGUCUCUGUAUCUAAAUUCACGGGCUGUCUGGAUACUUUUGGACACAUAAUUUAUUCUGUCACUGUACCAGUUGAUAUGAGUGUGUCUUUACCUCCACCUCCAGCUUUCUGUUCCAUUCUCUGAUUUACCUUAUAAUGCUGUAGCUCAUUUUCUUCUGUGACCUAAGAGUUUAGCACAUAUUGCGUACUUGAAUCAGCCUGGGUUCGGUUCCCCGGCCUGGCGACCAGGGUCCUUUGUGGGUGGAGUUUGCAUGUUCUCCCCCAUGUCCGUGUGGGUUUCCUCCAGGUGCUGCGGUUUCCUCCCACAGUCCAAAGACAUGCAGUCAGGUCAAUUGGACACGCUGAACUGCCCCUGAUUGUGAAUGUGGAUGUAUACGUCUGUCUGUCUGCAGGGUGUAUCCUGCUUUCUGCGCAGUGACCACUGGGAUAGGCUCCAGGACCCCUAUGACCCAGAAGGAUAAGCGGUUUAGAACGUGUGCGUGUGUGUGUGCAUACUUAAAUCUAAUAUUUUGUUAAAUAUUCUAUGCACUCACUACUUCAAGUCAAGUCAGGAGGCUUUUUUACCCAUUAACACUGACUUAAGGCUUAUUACAUGGAAAACAAUACAAAAUGAUUGCAUUAAACUAUCGGACUGAGUAACAGAGGUGAAUGUUAAGGGGUAAAAGAUCCAUUUAGCUCGGACACAGUAGAUAGACUGUCUAAUUUGACUUCGUCUGAUGGCAGGGCUUCUCUUUCCUCAUCUUUUUCUCUGCUUUAUCACACAUCUCAACUCAUGAUGGCUUUGAGUUGAUAGAUGAGGUGUUGUAACAGAAAAAUUACUAAACAGACUGUGCAAAAGCCAAAGACCACCCUUAAUUUAUUUAACUUCCAGUCAAAAAUGGCUGCUAAGCACAAGCUAUUUAUUUUUUGCGAGAUAUUCUGAGAAGAUUACAUAUUAGUUAAUCUACUUGCAUAAGGCAGCAGAAAAUCAAAGAAAGGAGUUUCCAAAAAGUGAGAGAGAAAAUGAGGCUUCUGACAACUGUGCAAGACCUUGUAGACACUAAAACUGUCCCAUCGAAGAAAAAAAAAAAGCACUUAAAGCUUCUUUGAGAGAGAGAGGAGAAAAUCAAGCUCUACCUCAGAGUUCAGACCUCAGCCUCACUGAAUGUGUUUGAGAUUAUUUGGACUGUGAGAAUCAGAAAAUGCAACCAACUUCUAAGACUGUACUUUGGAGGUUUGGAAAAAUAUCCUUGCAGAUUUCUAUGAGGAACUGAAUGCGACUCCCCUGUUUAAUCCACCUUUAAUUCUCUGCUUGAUAUGAUUUAUAGGACCUAAAAUAACCCUAUGGAGAUGCUGUAAGAUGUGCAGUGGAUUCUGAGGUCAUAACAGUUCAUGCUUGGGAAUAAAGUCUUUUUUCUGCGCUUGA